GGGGCUGGGGUGGCCAGUCUCCUGGCCAUACUACUCAAGAAACACCACCAGAACCUCCACUGCUAUGCCUACUCCCCUCCUGGUGGACUACUCUGUAUGACAGCGGUUCCCAGGACUCGAUCCUACAUCACGACAGUGGUGGUGGAAAAUGACUUCAUUCCCAGGCUGAGUUUGCAAAACUUGCAGUCAUUUAGUGAGAGGAUUCUGCACAACAUUCAGACCAGCGCCGUUCCAAAAUACCGUAUCUUCCUGUCGAGUGGGCUCCAGUGGCUGGGACUGUGUGGGUCAGUGGUGAGGAAGAUUGGCAACAGGAGGGUCUCAGUCUCUACUAUGGCCAUCCUCAAGGAACCUCUCCUCAACACACACUUUGAUUGUGACUCCUUCGAGGUGCAU